ACCACUUGACCAGAGCAAUUGUAUCCUGUCAACUACCUUGCCUGGAGCCGCUCAAUACUCUCGAAGUCGGCCUUGCGAUGCAGAAUCGUCAAGUGAUAUGAAUCGCUCACCAACUGACUGCAGUCAUGACCUUGAACUGACGAGUAGGCCGGGCGGCACCGCGAUAACGCUCUCUAGCAACACACCCGCCUACGCCAUGAACGAGAGUCUCAAGGCUGUCCUCGCUAUGAUACCCAAAAGUGACCUGGUGUCAUAUGAUAACGUUAGGGCAUGAAACUUACGACCAUGUUCCAUUUACGUUCUCCAAUCUGCCCUCCAGCCUUCUCGACACAAGCGAAAACAAGGAGGGUCCAAGAACGCUUUCUUGCCUGCCGUCGCCCCACAAUCAAUAGGAAUAUACGGGCAUCAUUGUGCAGUGCAUCUAGCAAUUGGUGGUCUGACGUGGAGUUCUCGUCUCCGCGCAGCGCCUAGCGGUCGAUCCGCCUGGCCCUUUCUUCCCAGAAAUUUCCUGAUCUUCAUUCUCGGUUUCUAUCCUCUUAACAUGCCGAUAAUAUCACGCCUCCAAACCCCACUUCCCCGUUACUCUAGAUUCGGGCUUAUCC